UCCGCGCACAUGUUGACGCUCGUAAACCGGAGAGAGAAAGAAGCAGCGGAGGCUCAGACCGAUGAACGGCACCGGGGCUGCUGCUGCCGGGUUAUCUACGGACCACAGCCGGUACCGGAACCGGAGCACCGGAAGGAAGAAGCUGCUGAUUUACCUGAGAGAAGACAUGCCAGUGUGGUUUUUAACCUGAAUCUACCCGGUGUUAGAUGCAGUCCCAGGGCAGCACCUUGUCCCAGCCCUCCUUCGACUCCCUGAGCUCCAGCGACGGCCUCCUCCUGCUCAGCGACUCGGAGCAGGCCGAGGACGACGCCGACGUCUUCCUGACCGACAGCUCGUCCUCCGUUGUCGUGGGCGAGGCGGGCGGGACGGCGGCCGGCGGGGACGGCGGGUCAGAGAGUCCCGGGUCACAAUGGACCUGCGACGGGUUCACCGACAAGGAGGAAGAAGAGGAGUCGGACCGGUCAGAGGGCAAGGAGGCCCGGGCCGGCAAGACAGAUCCGAUGGGACAGACCCCCAAAUCACAGGGAGAUCUGCUGUUUGCUCAGAAGUGUGCUGAGCUGCAGGGUUUUGUUCGGCCUCUGCUGGAGCUGCUGAAUGGACUGAAGACGGGCCGAUUCGACCGCGGUUUGAGCAGUUUCCAGCAGAGCGUUGCCAUGGAUCGAAUCCAGAGGAUUGUGGGGGUUUUACAGAGACCCAACAGCGGGGAGAAGUAUCUGAACACUCUGCUGCAGGUGGAGAUGAUGCUGAAGCUCUGGUUUCCUCAGAUCCCCACUCAGCCGGUGUCUGCAGCCUCCAGCGUCGCCACGUCUCCGGGUCGAUCUCUCCAGGACGCUUCCGGCUCCAUGCCGCCGCACAAACACCGGGAUCAGCUACACAUUCCCGUCAAGAAGCGUAGACUCAGCUGGACGGGGACCGAGUCCACCUCGCCUUCCCCCGUCCUUCUCAAGUGUCCUCGAAUCAGCGCACAAGAGAAGGGCCUCGAUCAGGACGAAGGGGACGGCCCUGCUCCUUCUCCAGCACCAGCAUCUGAUGUGAACCAGAGUUCUCUAGAUGUGGCUGGCGACAACCAGCUAAAUAACAACACAAAGGAAAGAGACAGUGACCGCGAGGAAGCAGAGAAGCUGCCAAAGUACAAAGCAGGUCAGAGCUCCGAGCCAAGCCUGACUUGGGUCCACGUCGCCCCAAUCCUGUCCCCAAGAAAAGUUUCACAUGAGGCCACGACGUCAGCGGUCAACGGCGACCUGACGGCUGGCCGGAAGGGUAGUCCGGCCACGCAGGACAGCUCCGUCUCCUCGACCACGCCCUACAAGCAGCCCAAGAGCCUGAAGAAGCCAAUCCAGUGCCAAAGCCAGCCUGUUGCUGGACCACAGAGUGAGAACGCUGAGACGUGUCAAGGUCAAAGCCAACCUCCUCUUCAUGUCACACUGAAGCCUUUGCCCCGGGUUUGUCCGACCAGCUUAGAGACCUGAUCAGCUCUGAUCUGUUCCACCGCCGUCUGUUCCACCACCGGGCUGAAAGCUGCUGCUGCUGCUGCGACGGGAAGAAGGAAAGAGGCUGAAGACCCACGAAUAUACAAGAGUUAAAGAGAAGAAGAAGGAGGGAGGAGUUGUCGGUGACAGAAAUCAAAUGAUGGCUCAAACAAAACUCAUCAAAACAACAGUUAGUUCAAACAACAGGACAUAAAUGAAACCUACCAUGAUUCCAUAAUCUAAAUACGUGCACAAAGGUAGUUGUGUGUUGAAGGGUAAAGAUAAAGAGAACUCUUAAAGGAAUAUACAGGUUACAGGAUUAAAGACUGAUAGGACAGAUUGUGAAGAAUCUCGAGGCGCGAAUGAAAAGUUCCUCUUCAGCAUGAAAGCAAUCAACGUAUUCAGAGGAAGAUGUUUCAUCGAACUUGAAGGACUCUGAACGCAGAAAACCUGAUGUCAGUACUGAGAAUGAAAGCUUCCGAUGUUUAUUGUGACGAGGUAACUCCAGUUAUGAUUCAAUACUGAGUGAGUAAAACAGUGAAUUGCUUCUAGUCUCAAGGCCAACUCAUGGUUUCUAUAGGUAGUACAACAAGUCCACAUCGGUCAGCAUCAUCGGCCCACAUGACAAACAGAAAAACACUCAGGGCUCCAAUGGAUUCUUUGUCGAUGAAGCCUCUGGUUACAGAUUAGACUGUAGCAUGUUUCCAUUUGUAUGUUGUUUUUGGUGAUGUUGCAGAGGAGAAGACUGCUACUGGACGAGAAAAUAAUGCCGCUCAUCGUCCUUGCUGAGUUUAGCCGAUCUCUGGAGAUUUUAAAACUUGAAAACACGUACAAAUUAAAAAUCUCCAAAGUCUGGCACAACUACUUCAAUUCUAACUCUGUAAAUGAUGAAUUAGUUCCUCGUCAUAACAAGCAUUUGUUUUUCAUCGAUGUGUUAGCAGUCAGGAGAAUUAGACCGUAACUUGGGUUAGGGUCUAAUUCUCCUGAUGUCCUAUUCAUGUAUACGUCCGCUGUGUAUUUCAGCGUCUUUCUUCUCCCUCACCGUCUCACAAUCUCCUUCGCUAUAGGAAACAACAACUUCUGAACAGCCUCCCAAACAUGGAAAAGUUCAAAUCCAUUCUGCUUGGUUCUUUCAGUAAAUUACCCGGUCCCUGCAUGCAGAUAUUCGACCAAAACGAUUCUUUUUGCAGGGCCACAGUCACUGCAUCCUGGGCUUAGAACCUUAAAGAAGUACAAAGCCCAUUAUCAUUUGCCUAAGUGCAGUCAGACCAUUCUCCACAGGUGGAGAAUAGUCUGGAGACACUUUGCGGACUGGGAAAGCAUGAGUUGGCCUUUCUGACCAGACAGCUGUUUGACUUUAGAUUCACUUGUAGAUAGAACUGAAGCAUCUGACUUGCAGAGGUAAGAAAAGUGACACUGAAGUCGCUGAGAAUCUUGUAGCUAGUGACGUGAGGAAAGCCGUGAACAAAGCACGGCAUCAAACUGUACGUGUGUCAGACUCAAAGAAAAACGAUGUCACAACUUACGAAUGUAAUCCAAGAAUUUUUUGGGCGGCGGAUCGACGGCAUCGAGACGAAGUCACAUCCAGCGUUUCCUGUCGAGCUGUGGAUCGGAAAACCCGACCGCCAACCGGUGUCACAAACAUCCAAGAAAGACUUUAAAACAACCAGCCUGAGGAAAAACGACAGACCACUCGUAGACGUACGACUCUCGAGUCCCACAGUUAAUUUAUUCAUGUGUUGAUAUGACACUGCAUCUAUUUAUUGUUUGUAUUUAUUUAUCAGGCAGCUGAUUAUCGCCGGCCGUGUGCUCGCACGGUUCGGCCAACACUUUUGUGGAGGUGAUUGGGAAGAUGCUGUUUCGUUUGUGGUUUUUAUCAGGAUCAAACAAAAAGAAGGAAGUGAAAUCUUUACAGUUGGACUUUUGGACUACUGUGCCUUUUACCAAAUAGGAUGUGUUCAGAAAAGCACUCGGUGCUUUCAGUGCAUUCAUACUGCAUUUUGAUUGUUUGCUCGUAAAUGUGACAAAACCACUCCACGUUCAGUCACGAAAGCCUCCGAGUCGUCCACUUGCUUCUGAAAUUACAGCAAAAUCAAGUUUGUUCAACUUCCUACUGCUUAAAACCCGGUUUCAUCCACAGCGAAUCCAGACUCCAACCGCCCCAGCCGUUCAUCCAUGAGUUAUCAACUAAUCAAUUAAUUGACAACUUUUCUUUUACUAUCGAUUAAUUGAUUACUUGCCAACUCAGCUGAAUGUCUUUGCGUUGUGGACAAAACAGCUUAUUUGUGGAAACAUCAACAUUUUUCACCAUUUUCACAUUUUAUAAACCAAACGACUCAUCAAUUAAUCCAGAAAAUAAUCAACAGAAUGAUCAACAAAGAAACUCAUUAUUAGUCUCCACUGUCACCUACAACGAUUCCCGACUGCCAACAUCAACAAUUUAUUGAUUAGCUAUCAACUAAUGAAAUAAUCGCCAACUAUUCAGAUGAUGGAUGAAUUGGUUUGAGUAUUUUUUUAGAGAAAAACUCUAAAUUCUCUGGUUGCAGCUUCUCAAAUGUAUAUGUUUUUUGGUUUCUUUCUCCUUGUUCACAGUAAAUGUGCUUUUUUCACUAUUUCUGACAUUUUAUAGAUCAAACGAUUAAGCUGCAACGAUUAUUCAACUAUUUGUGAAUUGUUAAAUUUAUCGCCAACUAUUUUGACAAUUUCUCAAAUUGUUUUGAGUGUUAUUUAGAAGAAAAAAGUCUAAAUUCUCUCAUUGUCGCUUCUUAAAUGCUAUGUUUUGGUUUCUCCUUGGUGACAGUAAAUGUGUGUUUUUCUUCCCCCUAUUUGUGACAUUUUAUGGAUUAUAUAAAUAAAUGAGCUGCAACGAUUAA